AUGGCAGAGAAAACGCAAAUUUCAGACUCGAUAUGGAUCUUUCAAAAAGGUACGACCACGAUGUUUAUUGGAGAGGUGGUGGGUACGGGAAUACUUUUAUUUGUUGGAUGCAUGGGAGGCAUCGGGUCCAUGGGGGCCACACCACCGCCACCCCUACAAACGUCCAUGGCGUUUGGUAUGACAGUUAAUCUUUUAAUCAUGAUGUUGGGUCACGUAAGUGGUGCUCACCUGAAUCCAGCUGUCACGAUAGGCGCGGUUAUCGUUGGGCUUAAAAGCAUUCCGACCGGAAUCGUUUACGUGUUGGGUCAAUUCAUCGGCGCCACUAUUGGUUACGGAAUGCUAAUGAUGAUAACCCCGCCAGAAUUGUUUCACGAUGGGAACCCAAAUUCGACGUCUGGAUUUUGCGUGACCGUCGUCCACGAAGGUGUUAGCAUUUCGCAGGCGGUUUUAAUCGAGAUACUUUGCACCUCGUUCAUACUUUGCGCGGCAUGCGCUACCUGGGACCCAAGAUGCGCUCAUACCACCGAUUCCACGGCGCUCAGGUUCGGUUUCUCCGUUGUCGGUAUCUCACUCGCAGCGGCUCCCUACACAGGCUGCAGCAUGAAUCCUGCGCGCACUUUUGCUCCCGCCCUUUUUAACGGCUACUGGAAGAAUCAGUGGAUUUACUGGAUCGGACCGACUUUGGGCGCUUUACUCGGAACGUACACGUAUCAGCUCCUGUUUGCGCCGAAGGAUGAGAUCAGUUUGAACGAGAAGCGGAAUUUAAUGGAAAUGCAAGCAAUAAAUGUCUUGGAACCAUUGCAACUGGAACAGGAGGAGAAUUCACACUGUUCUGGGGAGAGAAUUUCAAACAAAAGGCUCGAACUCGUGUAUAAAGUAGUUCACUAG